GGACUGAGUUUACCCAUGUAUGUUGUGUUUAAGCGAUGCCUGCCCUUGGCAACGUUAGGGAUUGGAGUGUGUGUGCUGAAGAAUGGGUUCCCAUCAGCUGGGGUGGUAACAGCAGUUCUCAUCACCACUGGAGGAGCAGCACUGGCUGGUGCUGGAGAUCUAACAGGUGACCCUUUUGGCUACGUGACUGGGGUUUUAGCUGUGAUUAUCCACGCCACCUAUUUGGUUCUCAUCCAAAAAGUGAGUGCAGACAGUGAUUAUGGGCCACUCACGGCCCAGUACACCAUUGCAGUGGUGGCUUCUCCUGUUCUCUUCAUCUGUUCCAUUGUUAGCAUGGAUGCCAUUGACAUGUGGACAUAUGAAGGUUGGAAGAACCCGUAUAUCACAGGAAUCUUCUGUACCUGCAUCCUCAUUGGCUGUGCGAUGAACUUUACCACGCUACACUGUACAUAUAUCAACUCGGCCGUCACCACCAGUUUUGUGGGGGUGGUCAAGAGUAUAGCUACUAUCACCGUGGGCAUGCUGGCCUUCACUGACGUGAUGCCAACCAAACUGUUCGUGGGAGGCGUGGUAGUGAACACCGUCGGCUCCAUCACCUACUGUGCGGUGAAGUAUCACGAAACCAGAAAGAAGCUGGCCUACCAGGAUAUGGAUGAGUCCGCUGAAAAUGCAGAACUUCCAGGAGAACCUUAUGUGGAACCAGCCAAGCCUGAUGGAGAUACGGAAACUGUUCCAAAUGAUCUGGAGAACGUUCCCAAUGGCAGCCUGACGACGCCAUCAGCUGAUGGCAAUGACCAGGGUCCCAUUCGUGAGAAUAAAGUGGCAGAGUCCAUAGAAUUAGAAAGGCCGGGGCUCCCGUCAGAGGACCCUACAAGACAAUCUCUGAGCGACAGUUAUGUAGGGGUCUGGAGAUCCGUUCGCACCUUAAAGUUCUUUAAGAAAGACACUUUACUUGAUAAUAUGGAGGUCCAAAGUCCUUGAUGAUUGGUUUCACGAAGUGCAUGAUAAUUGUUGAAGUAUUGUUGGUGGUGUGAACAAUGUUUGCCUUUUUCUCUCCUGAACAUGAUUUUAUGAAAAACGUUUAUUUUUUAUAAAAAAAAAAAGGUAUGGUCUGUUUGUACUGUAGAGGGAGUAUAAACAAAUGACAGAUGUGCCAAUUUAUUGACUUGAAAUAAAAUGUCCUUUUAUUUUAGGA